CCCAAUUAUUAAUCUUCCGCUUCCUUCUCCAAUUCCUCACUACCGCGCCGAUAACCACACAAAAUGUCGACCCUCGAGCACACCAAGAAGGUUUACACCCUCAACACCGGUGACAAGAUUCCCGCCGUCGGUCUUGGUACCUGGCAAUCCAAGCCCAACGAGGUUAGAGAGGCCGUCAAGAAUGCUCUCUUGAAGGGUUACCGUCACAUCGAUACUGCUCUUGCCUAUGGCAACGAAGCCGAGGUUGGAGAGGGUAUCAAGGAGUCGGGUGUUCCUCGCAGUGAGAUCUGGGUUACCACCAAGCUCGACAACCCCUGGCACAAGCGUGUUGCUGAGGGAAUUGACUCUUCCCUCAAGAGCCUUGGCCUCGACUAUGUCGAUCUCUACCUUGUCCACUGGCCCAGCUCGACUGACCCCAACGACCUGUCGAAGCACCUUCCCGACUGGGACUUCAUCAAGACUUGGCAAGAGAUGCAGAAGCUUCCCGCCACCGGCAAGGUCCGUAACAUUGGUGUCUCCAACUUCGGAAUCAAGAACCUUGAGAAGCUCCUGAACGACCCUAGCUGCAAGAUCGUUCCUGCUGUCAACCAGAUCGAACUCCACCCCAACAACCCCUCCCCUAAGCUGGUUGCCUACAACACCUCGAAGGGCAUCCACUCCACCGGCUACUCUUGCCUCGGCUCCACCAACUCUCCUCUCUACAAGGACGAGACCCUGCUGAAGCUGGCUGAGAAGAAGGGCAAGACUCCCCAGCAGGUUCUGCUCCUGUGGGGUGUGCAGAAGGGCUGGAGUGUCAUCCCCAAGUCCGUCAGCAAGUCCCGCAUCGACGCCAACUUCGAGCUUGAUGGCUGGGACUUGACUGCCGAGGAGAUCGACCAGCUGGACAACCUGAAGGACCGCUUCAAGGUCUGCAGCGAUGACUGGCUCCCCGUUAAGGUUUUCUUCGGCGAUGACGAGUAAACUGAUUCUAUGAGACGACGAUGAUAUCCAUGUGAACUAGAGUUAUAGAUUUCAAACCAAUUG